GGGCUGUACUACCCUGUACUCCCCUUCCCAUUAUUAUUUCAGCCAUUAAAGCAUACUGAGCUGUAUGUAGGUCCUUCACAAUUAAGCUUUGGUUGCUCAAGAGUUCAACAUGUUUAAUCUUUAAUUACCUGAGUGGGGUUUACCCCGUUAGGCACAUAAUUCCUGGUGAUGGGGGUGCCCUCUCCUUGGAAGGGACCAGCACUUAAGAUGGUAUUAACCUAGAUCAGGACAGCAGGGUAUUGAAGGGGAAUGGCUGCAGCAGACGGAUGUGUUAUCGAGCCAGGUACAAGUGGCUUCUGCACUGUUUAGUGUCUUCACCGUGGUACAAAAGGGCUAUUAAUGAAGGUAGUAUUUGCUGACCGUUUACUUUGGGCUCCUCGUACCCAAGGCCGAAACCACCUCUCCCUCCUGGCCUGCUUCCCCCUCUCGGGCUUGAGAACGCGAGGAGGUGGGGGGGGGGGGGAGCGGGGGGCGGUUCCAGGCGGAUAGCACCGGGAAUUACGCACUCUGAGGAGCGGGUUGAGUCUUGCAGCAGCGCGGCCACUCGCAGCCGUUCUUACUAACAACACUUCCGUCCGCUCGAGUGCUUCCGGGGUGAAGGUUAUCAUGGCGGCGGCCUUGGCUCGGCUCGGGCUCCGGGCUGUCAAGCAGGUUCGGGUUCAAUUCUGCCCCUUCGAGAAGAACGUGGAGUCGACGAGGACCUUCCUCCAGGCGGUGAGCAGCGAGAAAGUCCGCGCCACCAACCUCAACUGCUCGGUGAUUGCAGACGUGAGGCACGACGGCUCCGAGCCCUGCGUGGACGUGCUAUUCGGAGACGGCCAUCGCCUGAUUAUGCGUGGCGCCCACCUCACCGCCCAGGAAAUGCUCACUGCCUUCGCCUCCCACAUCCAGGCCAGGGGCACGGCGGGUAGCGGGGACAAGCCUGGCCCUGUUGCCGAGCGUUGAUAGCGCGGAAGAGACCCCAAGCAUAUUUUAGCCGGGGAUUUACUAGGACACUUAUCCACGAAAAGCUUGACUUAAUCACUCAAAUCACUAUCUGGAGGGACACAAAGAGCGUCCCCCCAACCCCCCGCAAAAAAAAAAAAAUCCCUGUGACUGCAAAUCCAACCAGCGUUCUGGGACAAGACAGUAUCCGGGAGGGGUCUGGACAAACUUGAAUUUAUUUCAUUUUCUUAACGUCACUCACUGCUUAACCGUUUUUAAUCUGGCUUCCCUCAAGGUACCUGUUAUUCUUAUUAGCCAAAUCCAGUGCUGUUUUCUCAAUCCUCAUGUUUUCAUCUCAGUAGUAUCUGCCACUUUCAAUUCACUCCCUUAUGGAACUUCUCUUCCUUUUUCGUCUCUUAACCAUGGUUUCGUCUCUUAACCAUGUACUUCGUUUUUUUCUUUAUUUUGGGGGCAUCUCUUCUGUCAUAACUUGAAUUACCCUCUUUGGUUAAAUCUUACAUUUCUAUUUGGCUCUAAUCUUAAUUUCUGUGCUAUAACUGGGUUACCCACUAAGGGUUUUCUCCAAAUCCCACUAACACUCUGUCCAAAAUAGAAUUGAUAAUCUUACAUACGCAUAUACUUUCUCCACCCCCUGACUUCCCCGUUCUUUUUAAAAAUACUUCAUUUGCUCAGCCACCUGGGCUGGUAAUCACAGCAUUCUCUCUGAUUCUUCCCUCUCCUUUCCCUGUAUAUCUAGUCAGUAAGUUCAGAACAUUCUGUCUUAAACAAAAGCUCCUGAAAUGUUCUCUUCGUUCCCAUUCACUCUCCUAUAUCAUUGUUGCGUUCUCCUACCUUGUCUCCUUUUUUUCUAAUCUCAUUUUUGUUGCUGCUGCAUUUUAUCUUUGCAAAGCACAUGACUGGUUAUUUGUCUCACUACUACUUGUUUCAGACAACAGUGCCUAAAGUACUUUUAGGCAUUGUGCUUAAAGUAUUUUUCAUAUUGAGUUACCACCUGUUAGUGUGGGUCAUGAAAUGAAUUCAGGGGUAAAUCCACCUUUAAAAAACAAAGUAAAAUAGAAUAAAAAGUUUCAGAGUGCAUGGCACAUGGAA